AUGACUGAGGAAGAGCAAAAUCUUGACUUAGAAAAAAAGGAGGAACUGCAGACUAUGAUAGUCAGAGGCAAUUAUAGGUAUAGACCAGAUAUUGUGCACAAAAGUAUAAGAUACUACAAGUGCGAGGAAUUCAAGACUCAGAGUUGCCGAGGAGUGUGGAGGAUUAAUGGAUACUAAGGACAAACAGAUGAGAUAGGCUACUUGCAUAUACAGCAUAGUGUUAUUCUUGAGCAUCAUACAUUCUAUAAGCAACACAUAGCCAUAGAUUAAUGUCUGGAUAUUUCACUAUACAACCAAGCCUAUGUCGAAUCACCCUUAGCAGUGUCACUCCUUCCCUCUAAAAGACCUGUACUUAAUGAAGAGACGCUAUUCCUUCUCAAUAUCUUUAAAGAUGCUUAUCGAAAAUAUCAAACUCAACCAAAUAUAGUUCUUGCAAACAUAAACACGAUGGAUAUGCUGCGAGAGAUAUCUAAGAACCAUAUCUUUGCAGAGUUGCUGCAAAAAUACUCUCAUCUAAAUUAGUGGCUGCUAGUAGAGGCAAGACAUCAGUUAACUAAAGAGGUGAAGAAAGGCUUCUAGCCAGCAUGUGCCUUUGUCGAUGUUUCGCAUAUCAAGACUAUGAAACAUUUAUAAUUUGGCAGAGACGUCACAGAGGCCUUGAUCUUCGGCUAGUCUAAGUUUUUGACUUUUUUCGCAUCAGAAUGGUAAAUCAAUAUGCUCAAGACAAAGAUAGAUUUAAAACUGCCUCAAGUUAUUCUAGUUGAUACAUUUUGCAAACUCAAAUCAGUGCCUUUGACUCAAAGGCAGUUUGACUGGGAAUGUGUUAUAAAUCUGCAGUUCUUAGACUACUAAACCUACAAAUUCUACACACUCUUGCAUUGCAUAUCUCAGUCAGAAAAAUCAGAGACAAUACCCUAGGUGCUUGACUGGUGUAAGAAGGAAUUCGGAGAGCAUGUUUUCAAUCCUACACUUUUAAUUAUUGAUGGGGAUAUUAAUACUUUCGAUAAUAUUCAUGCCAACUAUAGCAAGCACGUCAAUAUAUAUGUUCCCUUUUUCGGCUAUGCCUUUUAAGUGUUACACGAGUUAAAGAUUAGAUCUGUGUAACUGAGGACAUCAAUGAUCAGAGUGAUGAUGUUUUAUUUCAAGUUGCUGCCUUUCGUUGAUGCGUAAACAGUUAAAAAUAGAUAUGCUGAUAUUAAGAGGAUAUUUUAAACUGAAAUAAACAGUGAUUUCUGGUCUGAAUACGAAAGAAACUUUUUAAAAGAUGACAAUCACAUCUAAAAAUGGACAUUAGUUAAGUGCGAGGACUCAAAACUCUUGUACUCUAUUAAUAAAUACUAAGAGAAGAACUUGAUGUUGAUUGAUGAAUAGAUAAUGCCAUCUGGGGCAUUCUAGGAUAAUCUCGGUUAGUUGAUUGAAGGCAUUCAAAAACUAGAGCAACUCCAAAAAGAUGAAUUUGAUCAAGGAGAAAGAAUAAUGAGGUGGAUUUGA